GGAUAAUGUCUGAGAAAUUAAUAGAAUUAGUUAGGAAAUACCCAUGCUUAUACAAUACGAAGGAUAUUUCUUAUAAAAAUGUAACAAUUAAGAUAAAAUGCUGGGAACAAAUCGGAAAAGAGAUUAAUGAAACUGGUGAAUCCGCCAGAAAAAAAUGGAAGAGCUUGAGAGACAACUACAUGAGAUACAAAAAAGAAGUUGCAGGUACUACAGGACAAGCUACAAAAAAAUUUAAAAAAUGGCCUUGGGCUUCCCAGUUACAGUUCCUUGAUUCAACUCUGACAGAUCGAGAACGAUCUUCAAACGUUCGAGAACCUACACCGGAACCAUCGUCAGAUAUAGCAACUCCAUCGCCAGAGAUACAAUUACCAGAGACGCCUCAAUCAGAGACAUCUCCACCACAGAUACGCUCGCCAGAGAUACCUCUGCCAGGGACGCCUCAUGCAAACUCUAUAAAUUGUUCACGAACUAAAAAAAUUAUUAAAACUGACAGUGAGAUGGAUAAAGUUACAAAUUUUUUACAAAAUAGAAAAAAACAAGAGUAUGAUGCCAUAGACCACCUAUUCCAAAGUUAUGUCCAAACAUUUAAAAGUUUUUCCAAACACAAGCAGAUAAAAGCCAAGGUAGAACUAGCCAAGUUAUUUGCAAGCAUAGAAGCAGAGGAACUGCAAGAAGACGUUCAGAUAUUGAGCAAUUCACCACAUUGUUCUAUUAUAAGCACAGAAGACUCCGUCGCCUAUGAAGUGCCUAUUCUACAUGAGACUAAUUUUGGAGCAUCGACAUCUUCAAUUGAAUUUCAUAAUGAUAACGCACUAAACAUGUAUUUAAAAAAAUAAAUAUUUCUUACUUUAGACAGAUUACAAGUAUUUCUCUUGUAGAAAUAGGCGUCCUCCAGUUUGUGGUGCAUUUGCUUAUUUUAGGGAUGAGCAGGUCAUGUAGUUCUUCGAAUAAAACUUGAGACAUACGAAAGUAUGUAAAAAAACGAUCUUCAUGUGAUGCAAGCUCGCGACACAACCGAUGAUAUUCUCCUAAAUCAUUUCUCUUUUUAUUAAUGUCGUGCACCCAUACUCU